UGAGCUGGUCUGAAGAGUUGUCAUCAAGGGCCACAUGCAUCAGAUCACAGCACUUUGAGCAGAUACACUAAACUGGAUGCAUUCGUUACAUUGCUGUCCACAAAACUCUAUAUGACAUGAUCAGGCAGUCACAGACAGGAUCUUGUGAUCAAGGAUGAUUAGAAAAUGAUUUUUAAUUGGGCCGGAAGUUUUUGCAUGUUUUUCUUGGUUGCUGCUUUCAAGUGGCUUCAGAGCAAUGGCUAGUUGUGGAAAAUGUGAUGUGCUCUUGCGCCUAUUUGUAGCCUGCUAUUAAUAGGAUCCUGCUGGUAACACAUGCUCUGCUGUGAUUGACAAUUCUAGUGCUACUGGAACAGCAGACUCCAAAGAACAGGCAAAGAAACACACUCAUGUAUAGCUCUCCGAUUGGUUACCAAGUGGAACUCUACAAUUUGUUUCCGAAAGCCUGGAGACAAAAGUUGAUUUUAUUCUACAGAAAAUCCCACUUUAAGAGACUGGUGGGUUUUUUUGGACUGUUGAAGUUGUUUUGUUUCGGACAAUGACAUCCAGGAGGCCCAUGACCCGCUCUUACUCUGGAAAUGGGAGAUCGGGAAACCAAAAUGGGGAGGAUGUCCCAUCACCAAGCGGAAGGUCAGAGAGCCGAAACUACCUCUCUAAUGUUAGGCCUGAAAACAGGUAUUCAAACUACAGGCCGUCGAGGAGUACCUUAUGUACCGUCAUGGCUCAGUUGACCGAAGAGACCCAGCCAUGUUUUGAGACGACAAUUAAAUCGAAGGCAGUGUCAGAAUCCUGCAAUGUUAAAUUCUCUUGUGUAGUCACAGGUUACCCGUGCCCUGAGCUGACCUGGUACAAAGAUGACAUGGAGUUAGAUCGAUAUUGUGGUCUUCCCAAAUAUGAAAUAUUUCGCAAUGGAAAAACUCACACACUCCACAUCUACAACUGUACAGAAGAAGAUGCUGCAAUUUAUCAGGCCUCAGCAAGAAACAGUAAAGGAAUCGUCUCCUGUUCCGGGGUGCUCGAGGUGGGGACCAUGAGCGAGUACUUGAUCCACCAAAGGUUCUUCGCCAAACUGAAGCAGAAAGCUGAAAACAAGCGGCGAGAGAUGGAAGAGAGUCGACGUCGUGGUAAGGAGAACAUUCAGAAAGAACAACUAAACAUUAUUAACCAGGAGCGCUUGCUAAGGAAUCGUAGGACUCCUGCCGAGAAUGAACAGUCAAGCUCCUCUCCUACAACCCGGGACGAAGAGGAGAACGUGACAUCCCAAGGGGUUGAAGAAGAACAGCCUGCAGUCAAUGAUAAAAAUAUCACACAACAGGCAUCUGUAGGAACUACAGAGAAAACAGAGAAUGGGGUUGAGAAACUCAACCACAUCUGUGAUCCAACGGAGUUGGCUGCCGCAAAGCAGUCUGCCAAAGAGAAACCGGGUGAAAAAAAGAUGCGGAUUACCAAUGGAUUUGAUGAGGUGGGGAUUGUUAGCCCCACCCAGAGCAACAGACAACAAGAGGAUGGUUAUGAAGGAAUUAGCUUGGCAAAAUACUUAACAGAGUCUGUGCAGUCACCAGCUAGUGAGGAACAUCACAGUCCUGCACUCAUGGAAGUUGAUGUUGGUCCUAUCAAAGACAAAGAACAAGAGCGAGAGCUUGAGAAAGAAAGGGAACGAUUAAAAGAAGAGGAGAGGGAACGAUCCAGAGAAACAAAGAAAGAGAGAGAGCGAGAGAAAGUCAGGCAAACUGAACAAGAACAAAAAGCAUCUGCAUCUACUUCAUCAACCAAAGCAGCCUCAAACAAAGACCAAGAACCUCCACACAAGUCGGCUUUAACCUCGGUUUUUCACUCCUUAAAGGACAUAUUCUUUGGUAAAAGCAAGAAGUCCACAGAGUCAUCUGAGUCUACAAGAAGAAGCAGCAUUGAUAAAGAAAUUCCACAUGGCAAACACCUUAUUUCUUCAAAAACACCUUCUCAAGAGUCUUUAGUUCACAGUUUGGCCUCCAAACAAGAGGCAUCAAAAUUAAUUGAAGAAUCUUCUCAAAUUAAGAACUUGGAAGUUAAAACAAAUAGUUCGGACUACAUAAAAAAUGCACCAAAGUCAGUUGAGGAAUCCUCCCAAAUGGUAACCUUGGAAGUAAAAUCAAAUAGUUUGGCCGUAAAGCAAAAUUCACCAAGUUUGGUUAAAGAAUCCUUUCAAACAGCAGACCUGGAAGUAAAAACAAAUUCUUUACCUCAAAUGCAAGACUCAGCCAUCCCCAAUGAUAUCAAAAACUCCAAACCACCUGAGCAUAUUACUGAAUUAUCAUUAAACACACCUGAGGCUGUGUCUUCCACCCCUGAAAAACAUCCUGAGAACACUGAGGCAACACUUAGACUUUCUGUAGAGCAGAAGGAAAUGCCUAAGGAGGACAUUAGUCCAGAGGAAGUUGUGCAGAUUUCACAUUCGUCGCUUUUCAAGGCUAAAGAAGACCAGGCUAAACCCAGCAGAACUGAUGUUCCUGACUCUGUGGACUUGGCCAAUCCUCCUUGUAGGACUGAAUUGCAAGAAUUUACCUAUCCUGUGGAUGAGGUCAUGCAAGGUGCUGAGGAAAUGAAUAUUGUAGAGAAGCAGGGGGCCCCGGCUGCCCCUCUGACAGACCUCAUCAUGGCAGACCUGGAAAGCAUGCAGUGUUGUGAGAGCCAGCCAGAGUCUCAGCUUUCACAGCCUGCCGACACUGUCCCUACCCAAGUGCACAUUGAGUCCCAGUCAGUGGAGUUGAGGGUAGAAGAGAGCAAAGAGCUGUGUGCGUCCAAUGAAAAAGUAAUUCUUCACAUGGAGGAAAGUGUUAUAAAAAUGCCGGAGGAAGAUUUCCUGAAAGAGAAAAAGGGGCAUCAGGAUAGUGCAAUAGAACGGAAAUCUUUUGCUGCAGGCAAAAAUGAGAUGGAAAUCGGCUUUGGCUUGAAACAGUCCAUCAUUCCGGUAAUUGUAGUGAGUGAAAGAGAAUGUGAAAUUAAUGAUCAAAAUUCAGCACUGGGUCCAAGCCCAGUGUCAGCACUGGGUCUAAGUCAAGAAGUGGAAUCUGUCACUCUUGUGUCUGACAGUGAAAUGGAAAUUGAUUUGAAACCAGACGUAAAAUCUAUACCAGUACUAAAUGUUAAUUUAACAGAGGAUAAAAAAGUUUCUGGCUCUACUACAGUGAAUAAUUUAAAUCAGGAAGAAAACUUAAAUGAUAAAAGGAUUUCAAAUCAGAGUUCAAGUGCUGAAGAAAAGGGAAAAGAUAAUGUUGAGAAAAGCAAUGAAAAAGAGAAUGAGAAAAAGAACAAUGUUAUUGCUGAAAAUCUUAAGGACGACUUCAGUCAACCAAAGAAAAAUAAUGUUAAGAAAACUAAGAAUCUUGUUCAAGAGACAGAGGCAACUACUAUAAUCCCAGAGAAGGAAAUCCCCAAAAGUCAAAAACGAGGUGAUUCUGAGGUUACUGAAGCUCAGCUGAAGCCAUACAAAGUAGAAACACCAAAAAUCCAAAAGAAAAUACAAGCCGAAAGACGUUUGACAGAGAAGGACCAAUCAGCAGCACAACCGAUCAUAAUACUUCCUGAUACAAGAGAAACUGUUAUCAAGAAUGUAGCAAAGAAAAGAUCCACACCACUUAUCCCGGAAAUCAAAGUCACAUUGCCAGAAAGAGUCAAACGUGAAGAACCUGUUAUUGCACCCCGAUCUGAAAUUCUGAAAUUAGAGCCUGAAAGAGUUAUGCAACCUUUAACGCAGGAGGUUGCACAGAUAUUCCGAGAAAGGGAAAGACCGAUUGAUGAUGCAACCAGAACAUCAGGAGAAUCUGUCUCCAACAGUGCCUUAGUUAUUUCAGAUCAUUUAGGUGUUAUGAGAAACAAUCAGUCCUCAACUUCCGGGGACAAAGUACAGGACAUUAAACCACAAAGUCUAGAAGCAAGAGUGAGAGGUGGUGAAGAACAGGGAAGUUUCACCACUGGGAUGGUGAGAGAGGAAGACAAUAAUAUCCCUACAAUCAAUAUAGCAUGUGCUGAUGAUAACACUCUUGAACAAGACCAAACUCACAGCCAGUCUUUACUUCCUGGCAUAGUAAUCUCACAAGACAUCACUCAAGGUACUCCCCCCAUUUCUACAAUAAAUGCUGAAAGGAGUGGUGAUUACAAAAAAGAUGACUUUGACACUGUAGUUUCUAUGCUGAAGAGCGAAAGCGAUCAACAUCGUCCAAUUGCUGCUUCUGAGAAGCCAAAGGAGCAGCUCAUGUCCCAUUUGAGUAUUACAAACCAAGAUCUAGACAGAGUUCCUCAACCAAAAGACACAAGAGUAGACCCUGAAGCUGAUAGGCUUCAAAAGGACAAACCUUCCAUUGAGAAAAUUAGCUUAACAGCACCUGUGGGACCUACACUCCCUCCUCUAAGUCCUGCCAGUUUGCGAAGGCUUAUGGCAAAGAAUAACCCAAACUUAGAGAAUCAGGGCUCCGUCUCUGCUGCGUCAGUGGAUGGAAGUGAGAAAAAAGGAGAAGAGAGUGGAGGAAGCACACCCACAUCCACGUUAUCUUGUGAAAGUAGCCCCAAGAUGAAACGACGGGACAGUCUUACCCUGAUACCCUCUGCCACUCCUGAGGAGCUGGCUUCUGGUGCUCGCCGCAAAAUCUACCUUGCCAAAACCAAAUCUGAGGAUGAGGGAUCUGACACACAGGGUAAAAGGGAUAGUCCGUAUAUGUCACCCAGUCAGGCUCGAAGGGCGGCUUUCCUGCAACUUCAGAGUGGGCAACAAACACCUCCCACAGAAAGACGUUCACCACUGAUGGCCCGUCGCAAGGCCACACUUGAAGUACCAAAACCCAAAGAGGAGAUGGCUGAGGUGGCUGACAACACCAAGAUAGAAAGCAAACCAGCAGAAAAGGAGAAGCUAGACCCCUUCAAAGCUCCUCAGGUUAUCCGUAAGAUUAGGGGAGAGCCCUUCUCAGAUGCCUCAGGCCACUUGAAGCUGUGGUGCCAGUUUUUUAACAUUCUUAGUGACUCCACUAUCAAGUGGUACAGAGAUGAAGAGGAAAUUGUGGAGCUGGAAAGACGUGCCGGAGACGAGGGGCCAGUAGCACUGGCCAUAGUCCAGGCUUCCAGCAGAGACUGUGGAGUGUAUGGCUGCUCAAUCAAAAAUGAAUAUGGGACUGACAUCACUGAUUACUUACUCAGCGCUGACAUACUGGCAGAAUUUUUCUUGAGGGAGGAUUUAGAAGUUGGAGAAGAGAUUGAGAUGACACCAAUGAUGUUCACCAAAGGCCUGGCAGACUCGGGUUACUGGGGAGAAAAAUUCUUUGGUCGUAUCAUGACAGAAGAGGUACAGAUCGGAGAAGGAUGUCUACACAAGACCUGCAGGGCAAAGGUCAUCUACGGUUUGGACCCCAUCUUUGAGUCGGGCAGCACAUGCAUCACUAAAGUCAGAAAUCCCAUCGCAUACGGAGCCAAAGAGGAGAGCAACCUGACUGAGAGAAGUCUAGAGAUCACCAAACAGAAUUGUAAAAUCCAGAAUACCAUUCGGGAGUACUGCAAAAUAUUUGCAGCUGAGGCAAGAGUGAUCGAGAACUUUGGAUUCUCACUGGAGGUGAUUCCCCUUCAUUUGAUGUACCGGCCCGCCAAUACAAUUCCAUAUGCAUCAGUAGAGAGUGACCUGAAGGGUGUGUAUGUGAAAUACAGUCUGAUGGACAACGCCGGAAGACUGAUUGCCAAAACAGCCUCUGAGGUGGAGCAGAAGUGUUGCACUUUCCAACACUGGAUUCAUCAGUGGACCAAUGGAAACCUGCUGGUUACCCGGUUAGAAGGUGUCGAUACAAAGAUUACAAGCAUUGAAAUCGCCACUAAGUCUAAAGGGUAUCAAGGCCUCACUGAUAAAGGAUCUCCCAAAAUCAUCGAUCAGUUCAUUGCUCAACAUCAGUGCAACUACUACUGUGGACUGCUGGGCCUCAGACCCUUAAAGCCGAUAGAUUCUCUCCAGCAGCCUAAAAUCAAAACCUCCAGGAGCCCUCUACUGGCCCGAAGAGGAGUUACAGGCUCAUCCAGCCCUCAGCUGCAGAAGAAAGGAACCAGCCCACAAUCCACCAGAAAAGGCACGUCAAGCCCCAAAGUGGCUAAAAAGACUGGUGAAACUGGGGAGAACAAUUCUACUAGCAAGCAUAAAACAGUAGAGGUCCCAAAAACUGUCAGGAUGAGGUAGAGAGAAACAAAAUGCAAAACAAGGACAUACUUUUGUUGAUGUGUUAACCAAACUUUAGUUUGGAGUCUGUAUAAUUAUCGAGAGCUACUGUAAAUGGACUGUAAAUGGAUUCUGUCCAUUGUCUUUGCACAAAAUGAGACAACAAACGCAGAAGUAUUAUAGAAAUGAGUUACAAGAAAUGUACAAAAGCUGUCACUGGACAGGUGCCUUCUCAAAAGGCACACUUUUGUUCUUAUUAGGAGGUAUUAAUUAAUAUAUACACUAAUUUGUACUUCUAGGUAACCAAUAUGGACCCUUUAGGUACAACAGUGUAGCGUUUGAAAGUGAAGGCUUUUGUGCUUCUGUGAGUGUGUAAACAGCAGUGUUGGGGCAAGUUACUUUUAAAGUGGAUAUAUGGAAAUAUUGUGUUAAAUAAAGUAACUAAAAUGUUAUACUUUGUUACUUUUAAGGAAAGUUAUGUUACUUUUUUCAUCUGGGUUAGACUUGCCUGUUUGUAAUAAUAUAAAAAACUCAUAAGUGUAGGUGAAAUAAAGGUGAAUAAACCUCAGGCUGAUGAAAAUGUAAAUUUUACAGUGUAAGCACAGCUCAGACAAGCCUUUCAGUUGUGCUGUCUUCGUGCAGAGUCGCUAUUCAGUUUGCUUUUCAUAGUUUCUAACUGAUUUAAGGGAUACUGAAUCUGUUUUUGUACCAGUGAGACAAAUAAACAAUUUCACAUUUAAACUAGAACAAGCUGCGCACACAACACAUCUCUUGAUUUCUGUCAACUUGGUAAGAGCAGUCAGUCAUGAAAUGAGAAACAAAGUAUCUGGGAUUACUUUUUUGAAAAAAUACUUUCUUGAAAAUGAGAAAGUAAUGCUUUACUAGUUACUUGAAAAAGUAUUUGAUUAUGUAACUCAUGUUACUUGUAAUGUGUAAGCCCCAACACUGGUAAAGAAGUGAAUGACUAGAGGUGUUCAGACUAAUUUAUUAUUAACGUGAACUGCUUUGCAGCUUUAAGUCAAUUAAUAUCUUCUAAGAACACUUUUUCUUUAGAUAAGAACUGAAUACAUGCUACAUCCCCUUUUAAGACUAUAACUGGAGAUAAAUAUAAAGCAGGACUCCCUGUUGAACAAUGUUCUCAGAUAGACUCUGAAACUUUGUUAGGGCUUAUUCAAAUGUUCCUCUGUCAAGUGUCUGUGGUGGAGGAACCAUAAGAGAGAGAGACUCUUUUAAGGAUUUGUCAAACAUCUGUGAUGUGAUGUAUCUGUUGCAGCUGUGUAGAAAUGCAGCCUUUUUUGUAGCUUCACUGAGAUGCUUUUUAUAGUAGAUUGUUCUGCUUUUAAGGGUACGGCCAUAAAUCUGCAUCACCAGCACUCCAAUCUUGAUUGUAUAAGAGCAAACUUUGAGCGUCAUAAUGACUGUGUCUUUGUUUUUAUCUUACAUGUGUCAUCCAGAAGAGAGAAAUUCAUGAGCCUUAUUAUCGCGCGUAAAGAUAUUCACUGCUGGCCUUUCAGACUGUUUAUGCGUCAUCACUCUCUAGAACCCUUCAGUUUCACAUCAGUGCAUUACAUGUAUUUUAAAUAAUAAUAAAAAAGUAAAAAUCAA